AUGAUCUUGAAAUGGUCCAUCGGGUUCACCAUUUUGAGGAUUGCCGUGGAGGAGAGGCGAUGGGUCAUCUGGCCUAUAUACACCGCGCUAGUCCUUACGACAGUUGCUUCAGCCUCGACUGGCAUGUUCCGGCUUGUCCAAGAUGCCGAUGCCCUCGCUGAUGGCGGCGAAUGCAUCAAUCGCAAGUACCUUGUAGCUGUGUCGACCACACUGGCUGCUGUCAGUAUCGCAACUGACUGGUACAUGGCUCUGAUCGUCGAAAAGCUGAUACGUUACAAUCCAAUCCCGCUACUAUGUAAUAUACAGAUGGAGUCGUGCAUCAAGCUAUCGGUCAUCGGUCUUCUGGCUCUCGGUACCUUGCAAGAUCACCCUCCAUCGCGCACAAUGUCCUCCAUUCACAAUUUUCACAGUGCAUCCAUCGCAGGUAUCGUUCGUUUCGCCAUGAUUGUGAGGUCAACGCCAGAUAUUGUGACCGGCGUAGACCAUCUCUACAUCCUCGAUCCGAUCAUGACCUGGGCUCGUGCAGAACCAGCAAUCGGGAUGAUCGCCGCGAAUCUACUUGCGCUUCGUCCAUUACGCGAGAAAGCACUCAACUCCAUCUCUACCUCACAUCUCGUAACAAAUCCAAUCAUUCGAGCAGGCUGUCAAGCUCCAGGCCGAGCAACCAUCUGGAGCUCGGUGCACUGAGGAACGACGUUGACAAAGACAAAGGCAUCGAGACCAGGAUAUGGAAGGCUAUGCUGGAG